CAGGCCUGCAAGUCAUUCCUUAAAGACAAGACAUCGUCGCGUUGCCAACCACUCUCUUUUCGCACUCCUACAAACAAGGCUCUCGCCGCGCAUCUAGUCGCCUCGCUCUUUCGGCCUCAACCCUCAAACCUCCAGCACGGUAUUCUGGAAAUACUUAGACGAUCGCUCACUCCUUUGGAUAUACAACUACAUCAGCAUCUUUUAUAUAUCGCCAACAUGAAGUUCUCCACCGCCUCCAUCUUCCUCGCCGCCCUCGGCGCCUCUGCUCACCCCAGCGGCCACGCUCACAAGCGCGCCCACAACUCUCUCGAUGCCCGUGGUGACUUUGUCAUUGCCAACAAGCCUGCUGAUCCCAGCCCAACCUCUACCCCCGUCGCCUCUCCCACCCCUUCGCCUGCCGCUCCUCCUGCCCAGAAGGCUGCCAGCAGCUCUUCCAACUCUGCUGCCGGCCAGGGCUCUGGUCCCUCCGUCUACACUCCCUUCUGCCGUGGCAACAGCAAGCGUGCUACCGCCCAGGAGAUUGCUUACAAGGGCAAUGUCGGUGGCAGCGGCCCUUACGGAUGCAACCUCAUGGCUGUCAAGAGCAACCUCCUUGAUCAGUACCAGUACACCGUGGUUUUCGAAAACGCCGGUGACGACUCGACCUGCUUCUGCUGGAACAAGAUUGGACCCGAUGGUGGAAUUAACGGUUUCUUCAACGGUAACGAGGCUCUGAAGUUCGACCUGCCCGCCGGUGGCAAGCAGGUCCUCGCUGUCGACUCCAACUCUCAGUUCGGCUGUGCUUGCGGCAAGGGCGGUCCUGAGCUGACCCCCAUCGGCCAGUUCGCCUCUACCUGGGUCGAGGGUGAUGUCGGCAACCUUUCCAAUGCUGGCUGGUCCGGCUUCGACGCCUCUUCCAUCGUCGCCGCUGCUGCUGGCAUGGACAUUCCCGGCCUCAAGGUCUGCGGCACCGGUGCCCAGGCCAACACUUGCUCUACCAUCUGGCCCGGCGGCAAGGGUGACAACGCCUUCGUUGGCGGCACCGAGGCUCUCGACGGCCUAGGCCUCAACAUCCCCGCCGGCAAGACUUCCGUCAUCGUUACCGUCAACUACUCGUAAGAAAGUAUCGAUUGAUUUCACCGGAGGGGGUAUAGAGAAAAAUGUUGGGAUGGGAUUUGGGAUUUGAUACAUGUGUUUCGGCUUUAAGAAUUCUUACGUGGAGAAUAUCUACGGUGUUUGGUGUGUGGCUUUUACGGAUUCCCCCGAUGUCCAUUCGAGACUAUGGACAUCCCAACGCAAGUUACUUUUGAAUCCGUUUAUAUAUAUAUUACGGUUCUCUUAUAUAUAUAAUUUGAAAUGUUUAUUGCUCUUAC